AUGAUAACAGUCAUCACAGAAGAGGUACUUGAAGCUGCCCGAGAGAUGAAUAGGCGCGAUAUUCUUAGGGCAGAGCAUAAACACAACAUUGAAAACGACAGCGCAGAACCGUUUGAUGUCGAUGAUGAUGAGAUAUGGGCAAAGUACAAAAGCAUCCAAGGUUUGAAAGGUGCAGAGGGCCAACCCCUUAAAGUAGGAGGCUCCCAUUAUUCGUAUGGACCUUAUCCUCGCAACCGUCGCAUCCUAGCAGACGUCGCGCUUGCCGCCGGCUGGUCGGUCGAAAAAGCUAGGAUUCUAGAGCGCCGCUGCGUCAAUCGGAAUGCGAAACACAUGAGCAGCCCGCCGAACGUCAUGGUCGAUCUCUCGGACCCGAACCAACCGAAGAUGAAAAACGGCAGGCCUCUCACUUUCCAGAACGUAUCCUGGUCCUUUCUCCGCAACUACAUAGAGCUGGAGAUGAAGGAGAUGGAUCCGACGAAGCUCAGCAUCGUCAAAGCCGCUGUGCUAGACCUAUACGAGACCAACUCCAAAACGGGCAAGAAAAACAUCCCAGUGUACCCACCAGGCACGAAGCGUAGGAGCGACGACACCAUACCAGUUUCCGACGACGACAUAAAACGCGCGCAAGAAGAACUCGAUAAACGGGAGCGCUACAUCAAAGCGUCGCGCAUGCAGUUUCUCGAUAGGAAAUCGUACGUGCCGCCGGACAAAGUCAAGGCGAGGAUCAAGGCCUUCCUCCAAUCAAGCAACAUGUCCGAAGAGGAGUUCCAGAAAGCGAUCGAUGUGACGGAAUCCGAGUUCGAGAUGUUCAUGAAAGAGAAAAAAAAGCAGCCGCUACUGGAAAGUAAGGUCUUCCAUAAUGCGCCUCCGUUCAUCAGCGAGCAAAAGGGAGAACAGCCAGCACGAAAAAGGAAGAGAAGUAUUGAAAUUUUAGACGACGCCUAG